GGCAGCGAUAUCCGCGGCGCGGCGGCGGUAGCGCUGUCAGUGCGGCGGCGGGCGGCGCGCAGGGCGGAGCGGCGGCGGCUGCGGGCGCCGAGACUGUCUGUGCGCGGCGCUUCUUGCGAGGCGGCGGCGAGGGGCCGCUGCCUGCGGCCAUGUCGGGCCGGGGCAAGUCCGGCGGCAAGGCGCGGGCCAAGGCCAAGUCCCGCUCGUCGCGGGCCGGGCUGCAGUUCCCCGUGGGCCGGGUGCACCGGCUGCUGCGCAAGGGCAACUACGCGGAGCGGGUGGGCGCUGGGGCGCCGGUGUACCUGGCGGCCGUGCUGGAGUACCUCUCGGCUGAGAUCCUGGAGCUGGCGGGCAACGCGGCCCGCGACAACAAGAAGACGCGCAUCAUCCCGCGGCACCUGCAGCUCGCCAUCCGCAACGACGAGGAGCUCAACAAGCUGCUGGGCGGCGUGACCAUCGCCCAGGGCGGCGUCCUGCCCAACAUCCAGGCCGUGCUGCUGCCCAAGAAGACGCAGAGCUCCAAGAAGUGAGCGCUGCCGCCUCAGCCCCCCCGCCCCGGCCUCCUUCUCACCGUUGCCCAACUUCCCCUCCCCAUGGGGUUGGGGUUCCCCUUCCUGCCCCCGACCCGGGCUGGGUGCUGAGUCCCGGCAGCACCCUGCCAGACCCCCACUGGCCCCCAGCCCCGGCUGCGACAGGGUGCUGGGGGAGCAUGGGGGAGGCCAGGCCCUGCGUGUGCCCCCAUCCUGCCCCUCUUCCCUCUGGAAGCCUGGAGGAGGCGGCUGGAUCGCAGCUUUCAGCAGCGGCAGCAUCCCGAGCUGUAUGGUUGGGGCACAGCACAGAGCUGCUGGGAGCUGCUGUAGGUAGUUGUGGCUGGCAGGGGGUGGCCACAGGCACCCCCGGCUGCCUCCCCUCUGCCAGUCCCGGAGCAGUGCAGGGUCCCCCCCAGCUCUCCCUGCUCACCCUGGUGUGAGGCUGGGACUCGCUGCUGCUGCUGCCCCCUCCCGCCCCCCAGCGAUGACCCCCCCCGCCGCACUGCAGCCAGGAGGGCAGGGGCUGGGGAAUGUGAAAAGGAGGAAAAGUUUCUCCACUGGCAAGAAGUGACUGUUAGUUCUGUUCCUGGUAAAGGUCGUGAAUUGCCCACUGUCAAGAAGCUCUGCUCCUAUUUAUUUUACUGUCCUUUAUUUCGGGUACCUCCCUGCAAAGUCACCUUCCCAGCACCCCCAGGCGGGAGCUGCGGGGUCCCAUGCGUCGUGGGUCCCACUGGGGUGGGGUGGAGGCUGCAGUGACAAAUCCCCUCGGAGAGCGUCGCAAGGUCAGGCAGGAGCGGGAGCUGCCAUCUUCUGCCGUGGCUCCAUCGCUUCAUCCCUCCCUCCCUCCGGCUGCAGCAGCCCUUUGCCUCGCCCGGAGCUCCCCCGAGCCCUGGUUCCACUCCUGGAGAUGACAUUCCUGUGUCUUUCCGUUUUGUUGGUUGGUUGUUCAGCACUAUUCCUGGUUCUGGGAAAUAAAGCGACGAUGAUCUCCAUUAACUGUAACCCUUCAUGGAUUAAUGGGCUUUAACCCCCCCGGAGUCUGUACUGAGCCUGUUCCUGGCUGGUGCCGUGUUUGUUUCCUGGUUGUGUGGGUUCAGGGUGAGCGUGGGGCCGGCUUCCUGCCUGUGGCACCCAGGAUGGCUGGUGCAGAGGCAUCAUCCCCCCACUUGCGUGGGGGCCGAUCCCCGUGUGCAUGCGGCAGUGUCGGGUGAUCGGACCCUCACAACGUGGGUUUUAAGUAAAAACAGCAAAAAUGAGCAUCCUCUUGAUGUGCUGUAAGUAGCAUGUGUUCAACCUCUGAAUCUGCUGUUAAAUCCUGUGAUGAAGUAACUUGCCCUGGCUCUGAGUUUGUUGUUGUUAUUACAGAGGAGUUGAAUGUGGUGCUUGUCAGUGGGUCUGUGAAGGGUUUUUCACUCCAGUGUGGAACAUGUCGUGCUGAUGGGGGUUCAGAUGUGUCCCACUGGGGUGUCCUGACCUUGGUGGGGUGGGGGGUGGCCAGCGUGGACCCCAGGAUCCCUCCUCUUCCUCCUGAAAGUGACUGCUGCUGUUGGUGAGAUGGGGCGAGGGGUUUCCUGGCGCGGAGGCCAAUGUGUCUGUAUCCCAAUGUCUUGUUCUCUCCCUCUCGUUCCCCCCAGGCCCAUGUUCUGUACAACCCGAGUGCUUUGUAUCUCUUAGAGCAAAUGCAGACUUGUGAUACUGGAAAGAACGGUGCAACCCCCGUAUCUGAUUAAACUGGUUCCCUGUUGAACGCUC